AGCAAAGUAUGUUCCAGGUGUUUAUGGAGUAUAUGUUAGGAAAGCCCAAGAAUGCUCUGAAAACAGGUUUACUGCUGCAGAAAGGGAGAGGAAGAGGGAGCCACAGAGAAGGCUGAGAAGGACCAACCACACAAGCAAGAGGAAAACCAAGCAAAUGGGUGUCAUUUGUCAUGUCCCCAGGAGGGACGAGCCCAGGGUCCUCUAUCUUUUUCCUGCUCUUGGCCUGGCUCUCCUUGGAGCUGGAAGAGAGAAGGACCCAGUCAUAGCCUGGAAGAAGCUCCGUGCCUUCAGAGGUCUUUCUGCCUGACUGUUCCUAUGGCUCUCCUCCUCCUGCUGUUCCUGCUGCCAAGCCCCUCACAUUCCCAUCCCACUUGUGAUGUCUCCAAAGUGACCAGCCUGCUAGAAGUAAACUGUGAGAACCAGGGGCUGACUGCAUUGCCCGCAGACCUGCCAGCAGACACAGGCAUCCUCCACAUGGGCAAGAACAAACUGGGUGCCUUCACCACAGCAUCCCUGGCGCAUUUCACUCACCUCACUCAGCUGGACCUGGAUGAAUGUGAGUUGACCAGCCUGCAGACUGAUGAGAAACUGUCGAAGCUGGAUAACCUGAAAUUAUCCCACAAUAAUCUGCGAAGUCUGCCCUCCCUAGGACGGGCUCUGCCUGCACUCACUAUCCUUGACAUCUCCUUCAACCAGUUGGAAUCGCUGUCUCCUGGUGUCCUGGAAGGUCUAAGCCAACUCCAGGAGCUCUACCUGCAGAACAAUAAUCUGAGGAGUCUGUCCCCUGGACUCUUCAUGUUCACCACCAAGCUGAACAAACUCAAUCUGGCCAACAACAAACUGUGUGAGCUACCCCCUGGGCUCCUAGAUGGACUGGAAGAUCUUGACACCCUCUACCUUCAAGGGAACCGGCUUCAUACAAUCCCAAAGGGCUUCUUUGGGACCCUCCUCUUGCCUUUUGUUUUUCUCCAUGGCAAUACCUGGUAUUGUGAUUGUGAUAUCCUCUACUUCCGCAACUGGCUCCAGCAAAAUUCCAACAAUGUCUACUUAUGGAAUGAGGGUGAGAAUGUCACUGCCUUGAACCCUAAUGUGGCCAGUGUACGAUGUGUCAAUUUGGGCUCCACACCUGUCUACUCCUACCCAGGGGAGGGCUGCCCUACCAGUGGGGAUAGGGAUAUAGAGUCUGAUGACUAUGAUAAUUUCUCUGAUGUACCUGCUACAAGGGCUGAGGUCAAGUUCUCUACUAACACCAAAGCCCAUACUACCCACAGGGGCCUACUCUUAGAGUCUCCUACUUCUCCAGACAGCCAAAUGCCUUCUUGGCCUCCAACCCACAAACCCACUAACAAACAGGACACAUCCACACACAUACAGAUCCCUCAUUUCACCACACUCCCACAGAGCAUGAAAUCCAAUGUACACACUUAUAGUCUAAAACCCAAAACUAUACCAAUCAUCACCCCAGUCACCCUAGAGCCUACCUCUACCCUGACUAGCUCAGAGCCCAGCACCACACCAAUGCUUACCGCCUCCACUCUGACUAUUCCAGAGCCCACCACUUCCACCCUGGCUACCCCAGAACCUAGCACCAACCCAGUGCCCACCACUUCCACCCUAACUACCCCAGAGCCCAGCAGCACUACCCCAACCACCCCCACCCUGGCUCCCCCACAGCCCAGCAGCACUACCCCAACCACCCCCCCCCCCCCCACCCCAGCACACCCCCCCCCCCCCCCUCCCCACACCCCAGCAGCACUACCCCAACCACCCCCACCCUGGCUCCCCCACCCCCCCCCCCCCCCCCCCCCCCCCCCCCCACACCCCAGCAGCACUACCCCAACCCCCCCAGAGCCCAGCACCAUCCCAACCACUCCAGUGUCCACCAUCACCCCAGCGUUCACUACCACCUGGCCGUCUGUCCCUAAUGAGACCAGUUCAGAACUAUUCUCUACCACAGAACUCUCUAUACUCCUAGAAUCCAUCACAACGACCCCAGAGUUGAACAGCUUCCUAACUGUCCACGAGAUGGCUCAAGGUUAUUCUGACACUUUCAAAAGCGAUCCUUUUGUCAACUCUGAGUUCUGUUGUCUCCUCCCCCUGGGCUUCUAUAUUCUGGGUCUCUUCUGGCUCCUAUUUGCCUCUGUGGUACUCAUCUUGUUGCUGAUCUGGACCUGGCACGUAAAUCCACACUCUCUGCACUUGGCCCUCUCCGCUGCCUUGGCCACAAGCACACACACCACAAGGCUGGAGGUACAGAGGGGAAGGCAAGUAACCGUGCCCCGGGCCUGGCUGCUCUUCCUUCAAGGGUCACCCCCCACUUUCCGUUCCAGCCUGUUCCUAUGGUUGAGGCCUAAUGAGCGUGUUGUGCCUCUGGUAGCAGGACGAAGGCCCUCAGCUCUGAGCCAGGGUCGUGGUCAGGACCUAUUGGGAACAGUGGGUAUCAGGUACUCAGGGCACAGUCUGUGAAGGUGAGUCCUUUGGAGAUCCUGAAAGACUCAAAAGACUCUACUGGGAUCUAGCUGGGAGUGGGGAGGUGGGGGCAGUGGUAGAUGAGACUGCCACAGGGGCAUGCUAUUUACUUCUUUAUCUGAAGCCCCCUCUUCCAUCCAGAGCUCACUAAUCAAGAGGCAGUGAGGUGAUGGAACCAGGUGGUCAUAGAAUCAAGUUCCCUAUGUUGCUUAGAGAAUUGCCAGGCCAUAUGGUCACUGCUACCAUUUUUGGGAAGAGCAAGAAACAGCAAAUAGAAAUGGACAUGGUUCCCACAUGGAAGAAAACUUGGAAAGCCAUUAUCAAGACAGGAGCACUAUGCCUAAGUAUCAUGAGUAUUUUUUUCCUUGUUAAUAACUUUUUAGUUUUCCACCAGCAUUUCCUGUAUAAUAAAAAUGUUUUAAAAAAAAGAAA